AUGUCUGCCGCAGAAAUUCGACGCGGCGACUUCGUAUAUCGCGAUACGCUGUUCAUCGACCUAGGUCAAGCAAAACGACAUGCUCGCGCGUCAGAAAGCGAGCUUCGCCGACUGCUCCUUCCCAAAAGAUCAUCAGCUCCUGCCGACAAAGAUCAGGUCGCCCAUUACUACGAAGCACAGCUUCUGCACUAUGGCCUUCCGCGCACCAAGGAUAAGAACCUAGCCAAAGUCCGACUGACCCAGGCUCUCAAUAUGGGUAGUCUCAAAUUACCAGCAUGGGUCUCACAGACCGAGAAGGACAUGAGGAAGGAGUGGCUUGCCGCUUUGAAGCGGGAUAGCAAGGCAAGCGAGCCGAAGCCUGCUGCUGGAAGGAAGCGUAAGGCCGAUGAGCAUGACGAGAAGUCGAGUCCUAUUGGUGCAGCACGGAAAGUCAAGGUCACGGUCGAGGUCGACUUGAACGAUGUUGAGCAGUCGCCAGCCACUAAGGCAAGACCGAAGGCGAAAGCGACUUCUGCAAAUGCCAGGACCAGCACCCCAGGGAAGCCGAGUACGACACCUUCAAGAUCAGCAACGAGCCCGGUGAAGACUCAAGCUUCUCCCAAGCGGUACAACCCGGCUGAUUACCACCUUGCCUCCUACUCCGACCACGGUAGCGAUUCCGACAACGAUUCGAACGACGUGCCGCCACCCGCAUACGAAUCUCAUGACUUCGGUGCUCCCACAUUUCCACCUUCCAGGAACGUCUCCCAGAUCUCGGGCGCCUACAGCGUCAACACCGCGUCAGCAGCAUACGAAGACUGCACCACCGCUGACUCCUUCGUCACUAUCCGCCUGGAUAAAAGCGAUCCCUCUAGCCCAACGCUGUGGGGUAUCCUGAGCCUUCCCGGUAAGCUACGCUGCGUCUUCAUGUCCGAAGAACCUGCCUCGGCAUGGAAUGGAUCCCAAGCAUCUGUAUUGUGGCGAGCUGAGGAUCUCGAGACCGCAGAGGCAAUGUUCCGGCGUGACUGUCGUGGCUGGGUGGAGUUCGAUGUUGGCCGGGGCGAGAUGGGAGCCAUGUUCUGGGGCGCUCUUGAUGGACAGGAUCUGAGUGUAAGGGCUGGACUCACUGCUCGGGGCUAUCAUGGCGGUUCGUGGACGUUGCAAGGCAUACGGGACGAAUGGGGUGCCAUGCGAGGCGGGCUUAUGGCGGCGGUGAGGGUCUCAAGUCCAAAUGUUGGUCCGGCUCUGUGUCUUGGACAUUGA